AUGCUGACUGAAAAUGCUGCCGUCGAGAUACUUGCACGUCGUCUCGAUACCAUUGAGAACAUUCUACAGCGACAGGUGACUACGCUCGAGGCCUUGCAAUCACACCCUAUCCAGUACCUCUCACCAGAGACCAAUCUAGGCCGACGCCACAGCGAGCUGGCGCAGGGGAAUACCUCCAGUCGAUCCUAUGAUAGUCCUCCGCGGUCACUCUCUACGCUCUCUCUCACCCUGCAAGACGACCCGCUGUCCCGGCCAGAUCUAGAGGCCAUUCCCCCUCUCACCAUCCCCUUGGGCCAUCAGACAGGUGCAGGGAGCCUCCUCGCAUUGCCGCAGUUGAGGCAUCUGAUCGGUGAUUUCCCAGAAGAUUUCUUCUUCGAAGUCGAAAACCGGCGCCCUCCGCCAGCUGCGAUGCAGGUCAUUGUCGAUACGUCGCAUGUCCCUGUCGACGAGGACCAGUCCAUACCCAGAACUACAGCUGAUGGGUAUUUCCGAAAGUUCCUCGACUUGGUCCAUCCACUCCACCCGUUUUUGGAUCCACGCCACCUGGUGGAGGAAUACAACGUCGCGAUGGGAAAGGGUUUAGGCACAGAUAACCAGUCUGCCAAAGUCCUGGCUCUCCUUGCCCUGGGAGCCACGGCUUCGGAUCCUGUUGGCAAUCAGUCUGGCCCUUGCUCCGGGGACCAGCUGGUUCAGAGGGCACUCCGUAUUCUGUUCAGAUCCUGGAGUCUGUCUUUUCGGGGCGAUAUCCAGCUCUGCCAGGGCCUCAUUCUGGGUUCGCUCUAUUUUACGUAUUCUGUCGAGCCGUUGAUGGCCUGGAGACUCAUACACAUGGCUGCCACAAAUAUACAGCAGAUGCUGAUCCGUUGCAACGAUAUGUCUUCGACCGACGUGGAGAUCCAGGAAAUCACACGUCUGAGCUGGGUUUGCUUUACUAUUGAAUGUGACAUUCAAGCUGAUUUUCACCAACCGAGGAGCGGCAUCGAGUUGCUGGUCGAUUCCAUUCCGUUUCCACGAUACGGAGAGUCACCCACGGCCGACAAUCUCUACUCCCUGGCCGAAAUAUCCGUGCGGCUCCUACAGAAUCGGAUCCAUCGUGCUGUCUACUUUGCCGAUAGCCUGGCGAUUUAUGCUGGGCGCGGCUUGGACACUUUAGCCACGCCCCGGUUGCGUCCUGGCCCAAGCAGUUCGCUGUUCAGGGUGUGCGAAGAGCUCGACCGCCAGCUGGAAACGUGGUACAAUGCGCUUCCGGAGGCAAUCAAGCCGGACCUCGCCAGUGACCUCGACGACGGUAAGAACGGUUGUUUGCUUCGCCUCCGUUACUGGUCCUCGAAACAGAACAUAUAUCGGCCAUUCGUGUUAUAUGUCACGUCUCAGAUGCCGGAUCGAAUCGCCGCCAUCCCUCCGUCGGUCCUCGAAAAGUGCCACUCUUGCCUCUGCGCGUGUCGCGCUUACAUCCUUACCGCCGCCGGCCAUCUCUUGUCACACAGGUCUCCGUACACGUAUUCUGCCGCGCAAUACUGCUUCACCUGCCUCUUGGUCAUUUCGCUCGCGUUUCAGUCACCGGCACUUCGUGGCUUUGUCACUGACGUCGAGAUGCUGCAGGGCCGCACGGUCGAGAUGCUCAGGAUUUGGGGGUGGCCCGGCUCGGCUCUCGAAUGUGCUUUGCAAAUUGCCUGCUCGAUUGCCAUUAAGCAGCGUUACUGCAUGGGCUAG